AACGCGGAACCCUUUCCCGGUGCCAGUAAGCUUCUUCCGGGAUCCAUCGACCUGCAGCGCUGCAGCAUCAGCCCCAACGUCGCGCGGGUUGAGUUUUUCGGAUCGCAGAACGCGACCUUGAUUGACGAGCUGAACCGCAACCAGGCGCCCGUGUACCAAGCCCGUAUCAACGAGAUCGCGACCCCGCUGCUGUGCACGCAGCUGGGUGACCAGAUGGCCACCGUUUCGACAUUGUUCCAAACGAAGCUAGCGAUGAUUCUGUUUUCCCUCGCGGCAGACGACACCAGCAUGCUGCCGCAGUUCGAAGAGCAAACUCCGGUUUACGCCGCAGUAGAGCGGGAAAAGCUGUACGAUUUCGCCGAUUUGUACUCAGCGCCGCUAGUUCCGUUGGUUCAACGUAUGGAUUGCAAAUAUGUCUGGGUCUGGAAGAGUAGAACUUGUAAUGCUGUCUGCGGAUUCUAAUAAAAAUAUCUGUGUUGCACGAGCAGCAAGAGGAGUCAGUUCUUGGCACGCGGAGAGGGCAUUUCUCAUGCGUAAUUAGCAUCACGGAGCUCUCAAAAAAACUGUGAUGCUAGCACCAGCAUCAAAGACCGCACGGGCCAUGCAAAAUGUGCAUGACAAGCCCGGACUCAUCCAGACCCAGACAUAUUUGCAGUUGAUACAGCGGUGGUUGGAGCAACUCUUUGGCCGCGACGUCGACCAGGCGGACAGGGAGUUGCACAAUCUGCUACCCGACGCCCGCACGCUCGCGAUUCGCCCGACGACCGUGUUUGACGUUGCGUUGCCCGCGGUGGGUGGUACUAGUUCCGGCGGCCAGGAGCCGCGUCCGCCCACGGUUGUCCAGCUGCGGCCCAAUUUGGUGGAGCUCGGACUCGGCACCCUCGCACAGGUGAGCUCCUCCUUCACGAACCAAUCGCUGUCGGGCCUCGUCGGUAUCAGCGACCUCACGAUCAAAAUGCGACUUGGCGCGCUGUUUUCGUCAGCUCUGGGCAAUUCUCAUGAAGAGGAUCAUCUUCUGUUUUCGGAGAUGGUAAAAAACGGCACGCGACGUGUAGCAACGACCGACAUGUUGUCAUCAUCAUCAUCGCGGCCUACAGAGACUUCCUCCGGAAAAACGGAGAAACAUGCUACUACUCCCAGUUCAUCCACCGCGUCCACCUCUCGACCGUUGUUGACUGCCGGGGCCCUGGAUUUGCAGGACGUGCAAUUCUCCAUUGUUUUGAAGAAUGUGGAGGUGGAUGCGCGACUGGCGUUAGGUAUGUUCGCCAACCGCUUCGAAGGCCUGGACAUGCUGCAGCGACAAGAUCCGCAUUGCCUCCUGCAGACGCUGUUGAACGAGACCGACCCGCAAUCUGUGGUUCCUAGUACAACUUCGUGGAACAGAAUGAGGAAGGCGAAGUCGGUUCUCGCACGGGCUCGCACGUCCGCGGUGGCCGAAAUAACGCAGACGGAGGACUCGACGUGGAGCGUGGGCGCGGAGUUGUUGCGGCUGUUCGUGACACUGACUCCCACCGCGGUGCGGCUGGAGCAGCUGUCCAGCUGGGCGGAGGACCCGCUGGAGAACGCCUUGCGGGCAAGUUUGAACGACCUGCUGGCCGCAGUCUUGGAGGCCUACGACGCGGAGACCGUCGGGAAAAUCGUCCGCGGCGCCGUGGCCAGUGCGGGCGUGGGGG